GUGGCGGUUUGGGAGGAGGAAGCUAUGGCAGCACAGGUGGCGGCGGAGGCGGUAGAAGUUAUAGAGGGAGUGGUGGAAGCUACAACCACAGUGGUGGUGGUGGCAGUUAGUCAAUCUAUUACAUUCGUACACGUAGGAUAUGGCAUUGCACCUAUACCCGUGCCAGCACCGAUGCCGUCAGAUGGAUAUGCUAGCAGCAACAGCUAUGGUGGAAAUGGUGGAAGCAUAGGAGGGGGCAGCUACGGAGUUGGUGGUGCUGGUGGUAGCAGUUAUGGGGGUGGCAUUGGCGGAGGAUAUGCCCAACCACCUCCGCCUCCACCGCCACCGCCACCGCCACCUUCUCCCCCAGAAUAUAGCAAUGACGGCUGCUGUGGAGGUGGUGGUGGCACCGGUGGUGGCAGUUAUGGUGGUAGCAUUGGUGGAGGCAGUUACGGAGGUAGCACUGGUGGAGGAUAUACCCAACCACCUCCUCCUCCACCGCCACCACCGCCUUCACUUCCCUCAGAAAAAUAUAGCAAUGGCGGCUGCUGUGGAGGUGGUGUUAGUCCCGGCGGCGGCAGUUAUGGUGUUCGCCCA